CGCCCAAGUUCGAUCCGGUGAUGCCAAAUGCAUGAGUGUAGGAGGAGAAAUGUGCAAUGGUGAAUGGCAGGUGAAGCAGGCGCAGGCAGACAGGGGUCCGCGGACGGAGAUUGCCGGCCACGAAUUUGGGAGUUGGACUGGAGCUGCAGCAAACUUCAGCGAGCUGCAACAACAACCUCUCGACUCGCCCGAGUCCAUCUCUUCGCGCACCAACACCGACAGCAGCUGGAUGAGUGCCUAUCUAGGUCUCGCCACACUCUCAGCACGCUGAUAACAGCGCUCCGCCCCCACCGAUCUAACUCGUAGCCUCUCCUCGAAUCGCCCGCGAAGUCCGCAGGAUUGGCUAGUAAGAGCUCAGACAGCACAACACACGUGGUCAGCACAGCAUGUCUGACCGUCGCAUGCAGUCAGGACGUGACGAUCGACGACGCGACCACCGACGUGAUGAGGAUCGCCGCGACAGUCGCCGCUCGCGCUCGCCACAUCACCGCCGACGCGACGGACCAGAGAUAGACAGCUACUCAUCGAGCCGUGGUUAUCGGGAGCGAGAGCGAGAAGAGCGCUACAACGGCGGCGGAGGAGGAGGACGCGAGCGAGAUGACAGAGACUGGAACAGAGAUCGUGGAUCUGCGCGCCGAGAUGCCAGACGCGAUGACGGCGGUGGCCGGCGCCGUGAUGACCGCCGAGGAGGCGAACGCGAGGACUUGUUCGCUGACAGACGCGGAGGACGACGUGAUGAUCGCGACCACCGUGGAGGCCGAGGCCCCAGAGACGAUGACAGGCGAGACCGUGGCCAGGAUCGCGACGAUAUGAGACAGCUCGAGCGCCAGAUGAAGCGCGAGAGUGCGUCUCCUCCACCCAAGAAGCCACGAGAGCCGACUCCGGACUUGACUGAUGUUGUCAAUAUCCUCGAGCGCAAGCGUCGUUUGACGCAAUGGGACAUCAAGCCUUCCGGGUACGACAAUGUAACCGCAGAGCAGGCUAAGCUAUCCGGCAUGUUCCCACUUCCAGGCGCGCCUCGCCAACAGCCCAUGGACCCAGCUAAAUUACAGGCAUUCAUGAACCAACCCGGUAAUCAAGCAAGCAGCUCUGCGCUCAAGCCCUCCACAGCACGACAGUCCAAGCGUGUUCUGCUUUACAACAUCCCAGCCUCUGCCACUGACGAAAGCAUUGUUGACUUCUUCAACCUUCAGCUGAACGGACUCAACGUCACUCGAGGUGCAGAUCCUUGCAUUUCUGCUCAGACUGCGAAAGACAACAGUUAUUCGCUAGUUGAGUUCAAGACCCCAGAGGACGCCACUAAUGCCAUGGCUCUUGAUGGUAUUGUCAUGGAUCCGAACGCGAUGGACACUAACGGAGAUGCCAAUGGCGCUUCCAAGGGCCUCCAAAUCAAGCGACCCAAGGAUUAUAUCGUGCCAAAUGUCACCGACGAUACGCAGCACGAGGCCGGGCUAUUGUCUAACAUUGUGCCGGAUACACAGAACAAGAUCUCCAUCACUAACCUGCCUGCCUUUUUGGGCGAAGAGCAGAUCCAGGAACUGCUCAUGUCUUUUGGUGAGCUCAAGAAUUUCAUCCUUGUCAAGGACCAGUCUUCGGGCGAAAGCAGAGGUAUCGCUUUCUGCGAGUACAAGGACUCAUCCGUCACCAAGACGGCCGUGGAGGCGCUCAAUGGAAUGGAACUCGGAGAUGUCGCUAUGCGUGUGAAGCUUGCCAGUAUUGGCAUUCAGCAAGUCAGCAGCGAAAUGAGUGUCAACGCCAUGAGCAUGAUGGCCGGUGCGAAAUCGAGCGAGUCGGACAACGGACGUGUGCUCGCCCUGAUGAACAUGAUUACGCCCGAGGAACUGAUGGAUCCUGAUGAUGCAGAUGAAAUUCUCGAAGAUGUCAAGGAGGAGUGUGCCAAGUAUGGCCCACUACUCGAGGUCAAGAUGCCACGCCCUACUGGUGGUUCUCGCCAAAGCAACGGCGUUGGCAAGAUCUAUCUCAAGUACGAGGCUCCGGAGCACGCAGCAAAGGCUUUGGCUGCAUUGGCAGGCCGCAAGUUCGCCGAUCGCACGGUCGUCGUGACCUACUUCGGCGAAGAAUACUUCGACGUCAACGCUUGGUAAGUCCACACCCAAUAGAGUCGCUUCUCUUUCAGUGUGAGCGGCAGCAUGGCAAAGGCGUUGGGGUUGCGACGGGAGCGAGCAGGAUAUUUCGAUGGUUGAGGCGGAAGCGAAAAGUUUCGAACAUGGCCGUGAAAAGUAAAUGCGUUCGCAAGAUUGAGAAGUUGCUCUGUCGCGAGCAGAAGAACAUUGAGACUGCUGUACCAUAGUGUGUGAGCGCUGCGGCGCGGAGAAGUGCACAAAGGAUCAAAAGCGGUAUGGCCGCCACAUCGGAUUACGCUCAAGUUGCGUUGCAACACAUGCGAUUAUCACGAUGUUGAAUGCAAUGCACAUGAUAUGCU